CCUUGAAGUCUUUUUGACAGAAGAUUGCACGGAUUAUGAAUGAGUUUUCUUCGAUGUCGUCUUAAUAUUCGAUUCUUUAUUUUACAUAUUCUGAUUUACAAUAAAAUAGUAUAGAUAAAACAGUGAUUUCGUAAGACUCGUGCGAUUUUGUAGGAUAUUGAAGAAAUGCAUACAUGUAGACAGUUGCUAUAUAGUCCAGCGCGGUGGAAAUGUGCAUUACCUAUAAAUCUAAAACCAACAGUACUCACAUGCAGAACAGACAAGUAUCCAGCACCAUUACCAGAAUGUCGGUUUUACUCAGCACGGAAGGGGUUCUUCUCCUCUAUCAUCGAAAACAUAAAAGAAGAUAUGGCCAAGAACAAAGAAAUGAAAGAUAACAUCAAGAAGUUCAGAGAAGAGGCACAGAAGUUAGAAAACUCUGAAGCAUUACAGGCAGCUAGAAGAAAGUUCCAUGCAGUCGAGUCAGAAGCUUCCAAAAGCUCAGAAGUACUGAAGGAGACAUUGGAAGGCAUUAAGGGCAAAAUGGAGCAUGUCAUUGAGGAGGCCAGUAAAACUGAAAUUGCCAAAAAAGCAGGUAAAAUGAAGGAAGAUAUUUCAAAGACUGCCAAGGGUGCAGCCGAGAGUAUAGCUGACAAAGGAUCUAAACUUGGCGCCACUUCGGCUUUUAGAACUAUUUCACAGGCGACGGCGGUAGUCAAGGAAGAGAUCUCACCGCGGGGGCUGGAGGGCCGCGUGUACAUGGCGCCCGUAGCCCUACGGAAACGUGUUGAGGUAGCGGAAGACGAGCGCACGUUCUCUCCGGACACGGAGACGCUCGGCGUAGAGCUCCACAAGGAUUCUAAGUUCUAUCAGCAGUGGGAGAACUUUAAGAAUAACAACCAGUACUUCAACAAGGUUUUAGAUUGGAAGAUUAAAUACGAAGAAUCAGAUAAUCCAGUAGUGAAGGCAUCCCGUUUCGUUACCGAGAAAGUAGGCAGUCUGUUUGGCAACAUAUUUGAGAAAACCGAAUUAUCGAAGACUCUCACGGAAAUCUGCAAGAUCGACCCCAACUUUACGGCUCAGAAGUUCUUAGAGGACUGUGCGAACGAUAUUAUACCGAACAUACUGGAGGCGAUGGUGCGCGGCGAUCUGGUCAUCCUGAAGGACUGGUGCUACGAGGGAGUGUUCAACAUCCUGGCCACGCCCAUCAAGCAGUGCAAGCAGUACGGCUACCACCUGGACUCCAAGAUCCUGGACAUCGAACAGAUCGAGCUCGUCAUGGGAAAGAUGAUGGACCAGGGGCCCGUGCUAGUCAUUACAUUCCAGUCACAACAGAUCAUGUGUGUGAGAGACGCGAAAAACAAUGUGAUAGAAGGCGACCCCGACAAGGUCAUGAGAGUGAACUAUGUGUGGGUACUGUGUAGGGACCCGCAGGAGCUCAACCCCAAGGCCGCGUGGAGGCUGCUCGAGCUCUCCGCUAGCAGCGUAGAACAGUUAAUAUAGGAGUAUUAAUGUAGUUGAAUUAAAUCGUUGACAUUUUA